UGGAGCCGAAAGUUGAUCAAAGACUGUUUCACUAUCAAAAUACUUCAAUAUCUUAUACUAAUUGCAGCCUUUGCCAUGAGCCAUCCCACCUCAUGUUUCUCAUUUUAGCUGUUACAUACAUACAAGUAAUGGCAUUUCAGGAGUAUUAUUAAAAUCCCAUGGACUAUUUGGCACCACCAAAUCCAUGAUCCAACUCUGCAUUAUAAAGAGUCUGUUCGUUAAAACUUCAUCAUCUGAGACACAUCCUUCAAAAUUCUUCUCUUUCAUGGUUGUAUUACCAGAAAUCAAGUCUGCCAUGUCUCGCUCAAGCUUGUCAAAGAAGUUGAUAAAGGUGAAGAAGAUGUGGAACCGCAUCACCAACACAAUCCCCCAGAAACUCAGCAACUUCAAGCUCCACAAGGCUAUCAAAACCAUAAAGACCAACACAAAUCGCAUCCUUGCCUUCAAGUCAUUUCGUUUAUUCUUUUCUUUCAAACGACAGUCUUUGACCAGAAAUUCUGACAGGAGAUGGGAGUAUAAAGGCUUGUCUGAGUACUACUACAAGCAAAAUCAGCCUCACAACAACGUCUCAGCCUCUGCAGUAUACAUUGACAAGCUAUACACAGAGCCUGCUGUGUGUGGGGAAAGUAGAGAAGUAGUUGUGGCUCAUGACAAGGUAAGUGUGGGGAAGGGAAAGGAGAAUUCCAGGAGCUUGUAUAGCGUUGAGGAUGCGUGGAAUGCUGUGGUGGCUUCGUCACCGCAGCUACGCGGAGUGGAUGAGAGAGCAGAGGAUUUUAUUUCCAAGGUCAGGGAAGAUAUGAAGCUUCAGAAGGAAAGAUCGCAUCUUGAAUUCCAGGAGAUGCUGAAAAGGAGUGCCUGAAUUAUAUAUUCUUCAGUUCAUAAUAUCAAAGUGUGGUUUUUCUUUCAAUUUUUUGUUCUUGGAAUAGCAAAGAUAGGUUUAGGUUGGGGGACUAGAGGAUUGAACAUAUGAUUUUUUUUAAUUUGUUUUAUUUUUCAUGGGUGACAGAUAACACACUUGUUUUUCAGAAGGGUGUGAUUGUGAUUUGUGCAUAUGAUCAGUAUGGAUUGGUCUGAGAGCUUUUUGGGUAUUUCUUUUGUUCACAUAUAAAAACUUGUGAAUUGGCUUUCUACUCUAUGAAACAAAUAUUUUUUGUGCGUUUUCGAA